CACUCCAGUCUGUACCUCUGGACCGCGCACUGACUUUCCCUCAACUUUUUCUUAUAACCGCGGAGCUGGGAACUUAACUUUUGUCUUGGCAUUUUGCGGGAUUUGUCACUCAGGAUGUUAGAAGCGCAGUUGGACUAACACUUCCCCGCGUUCUGAGAGGAUAAUUAAAACUUCUGGAGCACUUUUGGACACUUUGGCGAACUUUCCCAUUGACUUUUCCCCCGUGCGCACAGCGGAAUACAAUGAAGUAACGGUGCGUAAAAGCGGAUACAUCAUCGGCAUGGACUGUGUCUGAGCGAGGACCACUGUGACCAUGGCGCACGCAGGUAGGGGCUCGGGCCGGCUUCAUUUGUUUCUCCUCUUACUGUGGACUCUCUCGCGGUACUCAGCAUCCAGCCAGGUCCGCCAGGAGUUUCGCGUACUGGAGGAGCAGCCCGUGGGCACCUACGUGGGGACGAUAGAGACGCGCCCCAGCUUCACGUACCGCUUCAGUGAAAACCAUAAACUUUUCGCCAUCAACGGCACCACGGGAGUUAUUUACACGUCUGCAGUGAUUGACAGGGAGGUUUUACAGAGCGAUGUCAUCAACGUGGUGGUGCUGUCCAGUCAGCCCACCUAUCCCACAGAAGUCCGAAUCAUAGUUUUGGAUAUCAAUGACAACUCGCCUGUUUUCCCAGACGCUUCUAUCGUGGUGUCUUUCAAAGAGGACGCCAGCAGUGGGAGACAAGUCAUCCUGGACACUGCCACAGACUCGGACAUCGGAAGCAACGGCGUGGACCACACUACGUACAGAAUAGUGAAGGGCAACGAGCAGCGCAGAUUCAGGCUGGAUAUCACAGUUAAUCCCAGUGGAGAGGGCGCAUUCUUGCACCUAGUGUCAACAGGAGGCUUGGAUAGAGAGGUCACUCCGUUCUAUCAGCUGCUAAUUGAAGUGGAGGACAAGGGGGAGCCUAAAAAGUUCGGCUACCUGCAAGUGAACGUCACCAUACAAGACAUAAACGACAACCCACCCCAGUUUGAGCAGGAGCAUUAUCAGACAAGUGUGUAUGAGGAUGCAGCAGUGGGGUCAAGUGUUUUGCAGGUCACAGCAGCAGACGAGGAUGAAGGGGUGAACGCAGAAAUUAGGUACUACUUAGAUGAGGGGACGCCUUUUCAGAUCGACCCCAAAGCAGGUACAAUUGUGAUCAAAGAAGGUUUAGAUUUUGAAAGUAAACGUGAGUACUCCUUAACUAUACAUGCAGUGGACAAUGGUGUACCUGCGUUAUCAGGCAGGACAGAAGCGACCAUAAAACUCCUAGAUGUGAACGAUAAUGAUCCCGUAGUUAAGUUUCGCUACUUUCCCACAACUUCUAAGUUUGCCUCCGUGGAUGAAAAUGCACAAAUUGGCACAGUUGUUGCACUGCUGACUGUUUCGGAUUCUGACUCCCCCACUGCCAACGGGAACAUAUCAGUCUCAAUAUUGGGAGGGAAUGAGCAGAGACACUUUGAAGUACACACGUCUCCAGUGCCUAAUCUGAGUUUGAUAAAAGUGGCCAGUGUGUUAGACAGAGAGAGAAUUUCCUCUUAUAACUUAACUGUGUCCGUGUCAGACAAUGGAAAACCUAUGGCCAGGUCCUCUUUCGCCAGUCUGGUUAUUUUUGUGAAUGAUAUCAAUGAUCACCCCCCAAUAUUCCAGGAGGCAGAGUACAGAGUAGAUAUCAGUGAAGACAUUCCAAAAGGCAGCUACAUUAAAGGGGUCUCGGCAACAGAUGGGGACUCCGGGCAGAAUGCCAACCUGCGUUACUCCCUCGUGUCUGGAAAUGCUUUGGGCUGGUUCUCCAUCAGUGAAAACAGUGGUUUGGUUACCAGUGCUGCUCUUCUAGAUAGGGAAAUUGCAUCUGAAAUUGUGCUCAACAUUAGUGCCAAAGACCAGGGGCUGCAGCCUAAGAUUUCUUACACUAAACUGAUAGUAAACAUAACUGACGUGAAUGACCAAGUGCCCACGUUCACACAGGGCACGUAUCAUGUUUCUGUAGUAGAGCACGCUCCUGCUGGGACAGAGCUGCUGGUGCUGUCUGCCUCAGAUGACGACCUCGGGGCCAACGGCACGAUCCGGUUCUCAUUUGAUGCAGAGACACCGGCCAAAGUCCAGGAGUUGUUCCGCCUGGACGCUGUGUCAGGGAGAUUAAGCACAGCCGCCGAGUUAGACAGGGAGGAUCAGGCCUCAUACUUACUCCACAUCCAGGCAGCAGACGCAGGCAGCCCCCCUUUGCACUCUGUUGGAAAAGUCAACAUCACCCUUAGGGAUAUCAAUGACAAUAGGCCAGUCUUUUACCCGGUGCAGUAUUUUGCUAAUGUGAAGGAGAAUGAGCCUUCUGGUUCUUAUGUAACCACAGUUUCAGCCACAGAUCCAGACUUAGGCCGAAAUGGCACAGUUAAAUAUAUCAUUACUGCUGGCGAUACAUCCAAAUUCCGCAUUAAUGUCAACAGUGGGAAAAUUAGCACACUUGUGCCGCUGGAUAGGGAGGAGAAAACUGCUUACCAGCUGCAGGUAACAGCAACAGAUGGUAAUGGUCUGCGCUCCCAAACUCAGGCUAUAGUUACUGUUACUGUUAUAGACACACAGGAUAACCCUCCGAUAUUUAACCAGAAAGCAUACAGUUUUGUCAUGUUUGAGAAUGUGGGCAUUGGGACAGUCAUUGGCACAGUGUCAGCCACAACUGUUGAUUUAAACACAAACAUCUCAUAUCUUAUAACUUCAGGAGACCAAAGGGGGCUUUUUAAAGUCAACAGCGCAGGCCAGAUUAUAGCGUCAAGCCAAAUAGACAGAGAGGAGCAGGCUUUCUAUCAGCUCAAAAUAGUGGCCCAGGGUGGUGACAUCACAGGGGAAGCUUUUGUUAACAUUACUGUCAAAGACUUGAAUGAUAAUGCUCCUCAUUUUAUUCACGCUGUGGAACAUGUGAGCGCUGUCGAAAACUGGAACACGGGUCAUGUCAUAUUCCAGGCCAGAGCGUCAGACCCAGAUGAAGGCCCGAAUGGAGUGGUGGUCUACAGCCUCAAACAAAACCCAAGAGGUCUGUUCCAUAUUCACGAGAAGCACGGACUUAUCACUCUGACCGGGCCGCUCGAGGUCACCACGAGUUCCUAUGAGGUGGAGGUGAUUGCUUCAGAUAUGGGGCUCCCACAGCUUACCUCCAGUCUGGUCCUAAUAGUCAGCGUGUAUGAUGUCAAUGAUAACUCCCCUGUUUUCGACCAGCUUUCUUAUGAAGUCAUUAUAUUAGAAUCCGAGCCGGUUAACAGCAGAUUUUUCAAAGUGGAAGCUACGGAUAAGGACUCUGGACUAAACGGUGAAAUCAUGUACGACAUCGCUGGUGGGAAUACAAGAGAUGUGUUUGGUAUUUUUCCAGAUGGACAGUUGUACAUCAAAGCAGAGCUGGACAGGGAGACACAGGACAGAUAUAAUUUAAUGGUGGUGGCCUCAGACCGGGCUGUGGAACCGCUUAGCGCCACUGUCAACGUUAGCAUCAUUUUGGAUGAUGUAAACGACAACCGCCCCCUAUUCAACAGCACUAAUUACGUGUUUCAUUUUGAAGAGGAGCAGAAGCGCGGGUCCGUGGUUGGCCAGGUUUUCGCAGAGGAUAAGGACUUUGGCCCGAACAGUGAGAUCCGAUACACAUUCGAAACGCCGCAGCCAAACUUUGAACUCAACGCCAUUACUGGAGAAUUGACUAGUACUUUGCAGUUGGACCGCGAGUCACUUAUGAGACAAAGAGGCGCCUCAGUUUUUAGUUUUGUGGUCGUAUCCUCAGACCAGGGUCUCCCCAAGCCCCUCCGAGACCAGGCCAAAGUACAAGUUUACAUACAAGACAUCAAUGAUAACGCGCCUAAAUUCACCAAAGACAUUUACCAGGCCUCCAUUUCAGAGUUAGCGCAAAACACUACACAGUUGCUGCGGGUGUCGGCUUCUGACGUGGACGAGAACAAAAACGGACUUGUUCAUUAUCACAUUUCUGAAGGGAACGAGGAGGGGCAAUUUACUAUAGAUAGCAGCACGGGACAGGUUACUUUAAAUGGAAAGUUGGACUAUGAAACGACUUCGACUUAUUCCCUGAAAAUUAUUGCUGUUGAUGCUGGAGAGGUUCCCCUGUCCUCCUCGUGUUUGCUUAGUAUUAGCGUUCUGGAUGAAAACGACAAUUCACCCGCCUUCCCAAAAUCCUCUCUGUCUGUGGAUGUCUUGGAAAACAUGAGGGUAGGAGAGCUUGUGGCUUCUGUGACGGCUACCGACUCAGAUUCAGGCCAAAACGCGGAUAUAACUUACAGCAUCACGGCUACGAACAACCAUGGCACAUUUAGCAUUAGCCCUAACACUGGAAGCAUAUUUCUGGUUAAAAAACUGGACUUUGAAACGCAGUCUUUCUACAAACUCAAUAUUACAGCAAAAGACAAUGGCAGACCACCGCGCUCCUCUUCCAUCCCAGUUGUUAUCCAUGUUCGGGAUUUCAACGACAACCCACCUGUGUUCACACCAGGGGACGUGUUCAAAUCAAUCCCAGAAAAUCUCCCUAUAGCUUCUUCGGUCAUAACCAUCAUAGCACACGACACAGAUGCAGAUAUCAAUGGUAAACUGGAGUACUCGAUUGUGCAACAGGUUCCAAGAGGAAACCACUUUACCAUUGACCCAAGUACUGGACUCAUUUUCACUAAUAGGGAAAUCGAUAGGGAGUUCUCCAAUUUAUUUGAGCUGACUAUAAAAGCAACUGACCAAGCCUUUCCUGUUGAAUUCCGCCGAUACGCGCUUAAAAAUGUCACAAUUUGGGUGACAGAUCUGAAUGACAACAUCCCUACUUUCGUGUCCCAGAAUGCACUUGUUGCUGAGCCAAAUAUAGUCAUUGGAUCCAUCCUUACAACAGUGCUGGCAUUUGACCCAGAUGAUGGCGAAAAUGGAGAAGUGGAAUACGAAUUGGUUGAAGGAGACUCUGACACUUUUAUAAUGGACAGGUACAGCGGCGACAUCAGGCUCGCUUCCCAAUUGGUACCAUCCAGGCUAGUGUACACGCUAACAGUAGCCGCGACGGAUCAUGGCGCCGAUCGCAAAACGUCCCGAACAGAACUUACAAUCAUUCUACAAGGUAUUGAGGGACCUGUGUUCUCCCAGCCAAAAUACAUUACAAUUCUCAAGGAAGGUCAACCGCCGGGAACCAAUGUCAUCUCCCUGGACGCUUCAAGCCCAAGGGGGUCCUCAAGCAAAGUGGAGUAUUUCAUCGUGGCUGUACGGAGCGGAGGGAAAGCGGUCGGGCGACUUUUCACCAUCGGGCGGCACAGUGGAGUGAUACAAACAGCUGCCGAGCUUGACCGGGAGAAAGGAUCAGAUCUCUACCAGGUGGACGUUUACGCCAUAGAAUCGGACGCCAACCUACCCCGGACACAACGCGCUGAGGUGGAGAUCACACUGCAAGAUGUCAAUGACAACCCUCCAGUUUUCCCCAACGAUAUCAUGGACCUGACCAUCGAGGAGAACGUCGGAGAUGGCUUCAAGAUAAUGCAGCUCACAGCCACAGAUGCAGAUGAGGGUCCCAACGCUCUUGUCACCUACACCAUCAUCAGCGGGGCCGACGACAGCUUCCGAGUGGACCCAGAAUCCGGGGACCUGAUCGCCACCAAAAAGCUGGACCGGGAGCGCCGUUCCAAGUACUCCCUCCUGGUACGCGCUGACGACGGGAAGCAGUCUUCGGACAUGAGGCUCAACAUCACCGUCAAGGAUGUCAACGACCACACGCCCAAGUUCUCACGGCUCACCUACUCAUUCGACAUCCCAGAAGACACGGCUCCAGGCUCCAUCGUGGCGGCGAUCUUGGCCAGUGACUCCGAUUCCGGGGUGAACGGAGAGGUGACGUACUCGCUGGAGGAAGACGAUGAAGAUGGAACGUUUAUAUUGAACCCGGUGACUGGCGUGUUCAACGUGACCCGGGCGUUGGACUACGAGACACAGCAAUAUUACAUCCUGACAGCAAAGGCACAAGAUGGAGGAGGGCAGGCCAGCACGGUGCGGGUUUACUUCAAUGUUCUUGACGUGAACGAUAACCCGCCCGUCUUCAACACCACGGUGUACAGCACGUCGGUGUCAGAGAGUCUGCCGCCAGGGGCCAGCCUCGUGACGGUGGGGGCGACUGACGCUGAUGAUGGUCCUAACGCCCAGCUACUGUACAGCAUCGCAUCUGGUGAUCCCAUGGGACACUUCACCAUAACUAAAGAUGGCGUUCUCACAAGUAAGAAAGUUCUGGAUAGGGAAACUCAAUCCUUCUACAACUUGGUGAUCACUGUGAAUGACCUGGCCCCUCCGCCGAUGACCCGGUUCACCAGUACGGCCCAGGUAUCCAUCAUCCUCCUGGACGUCAACGACUGCUCACCGACUUUCAUUUCGCAAAAGAUGACCUACAUACAAGAGAACACCCCAGUGGAUACUGUUGUGUUCGUUGUCCAAGCUACAGAUGCCGACAGCGGGCCCAAUAGCUAUGUGGAAUACGCCCUUAGAGGACCUUUCGGGAACAAAUUUAGCAUUGGAACCAUUGACGGAAACGUUCGAUUGGUCGGGGAGUUAGACAGAGAAGAACUUUCCAACUACACUUUGACUGUAGUAGCUACUGAUAAAGGGGAACCCCCGCUUUCGACCACAAUGGACGUGACGAUGAUAGUGCUAGACGUAAACGACAACACGCCAAGUUUUUCGCAAAAUAUCUACGACAUUGAGAUCGAAGAGAAUACCUUGACAGGAACCGAUGUCAUCCAAGUGUUCGCAAGCGACGCAGACGAAGGCACGAAUGGACAAAUCCGAUUUUCAAUGUCCGGGGGAAAUGCUGAUUUUAGGAUUGAUUCGGUAACGGGCGUGAUUUCAGUGGCUAAGCAGUUAGACAGGGAGACCAAAUCUUUGUAUUCGCUGGUGGUCCAAGCGUCGGACAGAGGGAGCACGCCCAGAGUGGACAAGGCUACAGUGAACAUCGUCCUGCUGGAUGUGAACGACUGCGCACCUGAGUUUGAGCUGUCUCCAUACAGCGUCAGUGUGCAGGAGAAUCUACGAGAUCUACCUAAGAAUAUUUUGCAGGUGGUUGCCAGAGACGAUGACCAAGGUGCUAACAGUCAGCUCAGUUACAUGCUUAGCGGUGGGAACGACGAUGGAUCCUUCAGCCUGUCCUCCACUGGACAGCUCAGCCUGACCCAGACUCUGGACCGCGAGGCUCAAGGGAGUUACACCCUGCUCAUCACAGCCACCGACUCAGGUUCUCCUUCUCUUAGCGGGACUGGGACUGUGGUCGUGACCGUAGAAGAUGUGAAUGACAACGUUCCAGUGUUCACCUCCUCAGCGUUCCACACCACCAUCCCCGAGGACGCCCCCACAGGCAGCGACGUGCUACUGGUCAACAGCUCGGACGCAGACAUGGGCCUCAACGGAGUUAUAAGCUACAGCCUGAGCGGUGGGCACGGCCAGUUCUCCAUCAACCCGGCGACAGGUCAGAUUAUCACCAGCUCACUGUUGGACCGGGAGGAGCGAGCCACCUAUCAGCUGCUGGUGGUGGCCACAGAUGGAGGGCAGCCUGACGCAUUGUCCAGCUCCGCCACGGUCUCUGUCACUGUGUCUGACAUCAACGAUAACCCCCCGCGCUUCCACCAUCACCCCUAUGUGACCCAUAUCCCUGCCUCUACUGCUGCAGGUUCCUUGGUAUUCGCUGUUACUGUCACAGAUGAGGACUCCGGCUCAAAUGCCCAGCUGCACUACUCCCUGACAGGCCGCAACUCUGACAAAUUCAAGAUUGACCCAGUCCGAGGUGCCAUCACAGCCAACGAGAAGCUGACCGGGAGCUCUGAGGUCACGCUAACUGUCCGGGUCAAAGAUGGAGGUGUCAACCCCAAAACCGAUUCCACCACUGUCACCGUGCGCUUUGUCACUGGUGGUAAUUUCCCUGUCAUCAAGCUGAGAGAGCGUGCUUUCACAUUCCCGGAGAGCCAACCCACUAACCACGUUGUUACCACAGUCUCUGGUUCUUCAAGGAGAGGAGGACCAUUGUCGUACUACAUUGCUAGUGGCAACUUGGACAAUGCAUUCCACAUAGACCAGCUAUCGGGAGAGCUAUCCAUCAGACAUCAAUUGGAUUAUGAGCAAAUUCAGAAAUAUGUUUUGUGGGUUGAAGCCAGAGAUCAAGGUUUUCCUCCAUAUUCCUCAUAUGAGAAACUGGAAAUAACUGUUUUGGAUGUUAACGAUAACCAUCCCGUUUUUGAAAAAGACCCAUUCCACGCUGACAUUUUGGAGAAUCUAUCCCCCCAGCGAGUGCUAAUAGUUAAUGGUAUUGAUCUGGAUAAUGGAGCUAACGGACUAUUGGAAUACGCUUUAAUUGAUGGCAACAAAGACAAUAGCUUUAACAUCAACAGAGCAACUGGUGAAGUCCGAACCACCAGGCCGCUAGACAGAGAAAAAGUAGCGAGGUAUAAUUUGAAAGUGAGAGCAACUGAUCGUGGAUUGCCUCCAAAAAGCAAUUCGGUUCGAGUGGUUGUGAAUGUUUUGGAUGUGAAUGACAACGCGCCAAGGUUCUCCAAGAUUUUUAGUGCAACCGUGGCCGAAAAUGCGCCAGUUGGUUACACCGUCACGAGGGUCACCACGACCGAUGAAGACGCUGGGUCAAAUGCGAUUAGUAAAUACUCCAUAACUGAUACAAGCCUGCCUUUUGCUAUCAAUCCCACCAAAGGAGAUAUAACUAUUACCAGGCCAUUGAAUAGGGAAGAUACUGACCAUUAUAUUGUCAAAGUGGCAGCGCACGACUCUGGCUGGACCGUUAGUACAGAUGUAACAAUAUUUAUAACCGACAUUAACGAUAACGCCCCAAGAUUUAGUCGACCUUCGUACUAUCUUGAUUACCCCGAGCUUACCGAAGUCGGUUCACUAGUCACGCAAGUUUCUGCUACCGAUCCAGACGAGGGCUUCAAUGGGAAAAUAUUCUACUUCAUCAGAUCGCAAUCCGAGUUUUUCCGAAUUAACGCUAGCACAGGUGAAAUAUUCAUAAAGCAGCAGCUAAAAUACCAAAACUCAUCUGUCGCGUCUAGCAUCAAUAUAAAUCGCCAUAGUUUUAUCGUUACGGCUUCAGAUCGGGGAGUGAAACCUUUGAUGAGUGAGACGACAGUUAUAGUAAAUAUUGUAGACAGCAAUGAUAAUCCUCCAGAGUUUGAUUCGCCAAGUUACUUCACCCCUGUAACUAGAAGCGUCAAAGUGGGCACUAGAUUGAUUCGUGUCGCAGCGCAUGACAAAAAGGACUUUGGCUUAAAUUCAGAGAUUGAGUAUGUUAUAACUGGUGGGAAUAGCUCAAGUAAGUUUAAACUUGAUAAAUUAACUGGCUGGAUCACGGUAGCCUCCUCCCUCACAUCUGAUAGUAAUAAAGUGUUCAUCAUUGACAUUACAGCCAGUGAUAAGGGGAAUCCUCCUUUGUCAGCGAAAACAAAUGCACGCAUAGCUGUAACUGAUGAAAACCACCACACUCCAGAGUUCUCCCAAAGCCAAAUUUCAGCCACUGUACCUGAAAGCCUCGCUGUCGGGUCGGUAAUACGAACAUUAUCAGCCAGAGACAAGGAUAAAGACACAAAUGGACUUAUUACCUAUAACAUCACAUCUGACAAUGAAAAUGGACUGUUUGCGCUAAAUAGCAAAACUGGAAGCUUGACAUUAGCAAAACCAUUGGACUUUGAAGAAAAGCAACAGCAUGAUCUGAGAGUUUCAGCUACUGAUGGAGGGUGGAUCACCAAAACAAGCUAUGUGACAGUCACCGUACAUGUGACCGAUGUAAAUGACAACCCACCAGUGUUCAAUCCUGAUGAGUAUUUCCCUAUUGUUCAAGAAAAUGUUCCCAGCGGCACUACUGUAGUAAAACUGAAUGCUACAGAUAGAGAUUCGGGUGCCAAUGCUGUUAUGGCUUAUGUUAUUCAAUCUUCAGACAGCGACCUCUUUGUUAUUGACCCCAACACGGGCACCAUCACCACCCAGGGGUUCUUGGAUUAUGAGGCCAAGCAGGUCUACCAUCUCACAGUAAAAGCCUUCAAUGUCCCAGACGAGGAGCGCUGCAGUUUCGCCAAUGUCAACAUUCAGCUGAAGGGAGCCAAUGAAUACGUUCCCCGCUUUGUUUCCAAACAGUACUACUUUGAAAUCUCUGAAGCUGCUCCAAAAGGCACAGUGGUGGGAGAAGUAUUCGCCAGUGAUAGAGACCAGGGAGAAGACGGAGUGGUUUACUACCUCAUAUUUGGGAAGAGUAGAAAGAAGGGGUUUGGGAUUAACAAGACGACAGGUCAGAUUUAUGUUACAGGUACUUUAGACCGUGAGAAAGAGGAGAAGAUUUCACUGAAGGUGUUAGCUAAGAACGCCGGGAAUAUACGUGGGGCCGAUAUUGAUGAAGUGUUCGUAAAUAUUACAAUUUUGGAUGCCAAUGAUCCACCGGUUUUUACCCAAGAGCUUUAUGAUGUACAAGUUAGUGAAGGCCUGUCACCUGGUGGUCUAGUAACUUUUGUGAGCGCUGAGGACUCUGAUUCUGUUCCAAGUUGGAGCAGAUUUUCUUACUCAAUUGCCCCAGACUUUGACAAAAAUAUUUUUACAAUCAAUCCCAAAACUGGCCAGGUGUCUGUAGCAGCAGAGCUAGACAGAGAGAAAACACCAGUUUAUAAUCUGACCAUUUUGGCUGUGGAUACUGGCACACCUCCUGCCACUGGUAGUGCUACUGUUAUUGUGAAUCUGGAAGACAUCAAUGAUAACGGCCCCACUCUGUCGACAGUCUAUGCUGAGGUCAUGGAGAACCAACGAGCUGGUACGGCAGUGACCACGCUCUCGGCCUCAGAUCCAGAUUUGCCACCCAACCAAGGUCCAUUCCUCUACAGUCUAGUUGGGUCAGGCACUGCCAACAGCUACUUCAGCCUGAGCUCAUCUGGAGUGCUUACCACCAGUCGAGAGAUAGACAGGGAGCAAAUCAGUGACUUCUACCUCUCUGUCGUCAUCAAAGACUCUGGUUUGCCCCAAAUGUCCUCCACAGGAACUAUUCAUAUUAAAGUGAAUGACCAGAAUGACAACCCUUCCGAGCCCAGGUCCAUGGAGGUCUUUGUGCAUUACUAUGGCAACAUGUUUCCUGGUGGGACUUUGGGAGAUGUGCGACCUCAGGAUCCAGAUAUUCACGACAGAUUCCACUGCUCUUUAAUUCCGCCUUCAUCUGGCCUGUUCAACAUCCCGACUGGAACAUGCAAUCUCAAUUCCAAAUCUCGCUCAACCGAUGGGUCAUUUGAGUUGACCAUUCGCAGCAGUGAUGGCGUCCAUGGUUUUGUAAGCAAUACGGCCAGAGUUCUAUUCAUAGGCUUUACUAAUGCCACUAUUGACAACAGCAUUCUCAUCCGACUCCAGUCUGAAGGAGUCAAAAGCUUCCUCACCAACCACUACCUCAGUUUCUUACGCAUUGCCAACUCUCAGCUGGCGGGAUUGGGCACUGGGGUGCUGCUGUAUGGGGCAUUUGAGCUCAAUAAUCAGACUUUCUUGAUGGCAGCUGUGAAAAGGGGCCAUGGACAAUAUGUGAACCCCAGUGGCGUGGCCACAUUCUUCCAGAGUAUCAAAGACAUUUUAUACAGACAGAGCGGGGUGAGAAUAGAUGCGGUGGACCAUGAUCCGUGCACGCGUAACCCAUGCCAGAACGGAGGCAGCUGCAAGCGGCGUCUGAGUGUCGGGCCUGACAUGAAGACUGAAGAAAGUGUCCCAGUGAUCCUUGUGUCUAACCACCCCCUGCAGCCUUACGCCUGCAGCUGUAGGCCGGGCUACACUGGAGCCCUGUGUGAGACAGACAUCGACGAGUGCCAGCCAUCGCCGUGCCACAACAGCGGCACCUGCCACAAUCUGGUGGGUGGUUUCUCCUGCACCUGUCCAGAAGGUUUCACCGGGAUGGCCUGUGAGAGAGAUAUCAACGAAUGCCUUUCCAAUCCAUGCAAGAAUGGGGCGCUCUGCCAGAAUUUCCCAGGCGGUUUCAACUGCCUUUGCAAAUCCGGAUUUGCAGGCAAAAUGUGUGACUCCAUCAUCAAUCACUGUGAAUGUAACCCUUGUUUUAAUGGCGGCUCCUGUCAGAACCGUGUGGAUGGAUAUUACUGUCAUUGUCCAUUUGGCGUUUUUGGCAAACACUGCGAACUCAACAGCUACGGGUUUGAGGAGCUUUCUUACAUGGAGUUCCCGUCUUUGGAUCCCAACAAUAACUACAUUUAUAUCAAGUUUGCCACUCUGAGUAGCAAUGCACUGCUCAUGUACAACCACGACAACCAGACGGGAGAUAAGGCCGAGUUCCUGGCUUUGGAGAUCUUCGAGGGGAGGAUACGCUUCUCGUUCAACUUGGGAAGUGGAACUUACAAACUGAUGACCAUGAUAAAGGUUUCAGACGGCGAUUUCCACACAGUCAUCGCCAGGAGAGCGGGCAUGGCUGCCUCCCUGACUGUGGACCUGUGCGGAGACGACCAGGAGCCCGGGUACUGCGCUGUGAGCAACGUGGCAGUGCACACAGACUGGAUUCUGGAUGUGCAGCCCAACAGACUUUCCGUGGGGGGCGUCCGCUCCAUAGAGUCGAUCCUCCAUCGCCGGGGUCAGGUGGCGUCACAUGACUUCGUGGGAUGCAUCAUGGAGUUUGCGGUAAAUGGACGCCCUCUGGAGCCCAGCCAGGCGCUAGCAUCGCGGGGAAUACUGGACAGAUGUCCAAGACUUGAGGGAGCCUGCACCGCCAACCCCUGCCGACACGGGGGCACCUGUCUGGAUCACUGGUCGUGGCAGCAGUGUCAGUGUGUGGACGGAUUCACGGGCACAUUCUGUGAGAAAUACAUCACCCCAGACACUGCCCUCUCUCUGGAUGGAACGGGUCGUCUGGACUACUCUCUGAAGCAGGGCCCUAAGAGAGACGUCCUGCUGAGACAGGCUCUACAGGUCAUGACCCCUGACCCCGGAGCCCCCAGCAGCCUAGAGGUCAAGUUCAGGACUCGGAGCAAGAGCGGUACACUGCUCCACGUGCAGGAGAGCAGCAACUACACCACUGUCAAGUUGAGGAAUGGCAACAUCCACUACAUUUCAGACGCAGGAGUAGUGGGCAAAGUGGAGAGGACGGUUUCGGAUGCAGUGGUAUCCGACGGCCUGUGGCAUACCCUGCAGCUGCUUAAGAACGGCUCCUCCACAGUGCUCCUGGUGGACAGCGCUCAGCCAAGGGUCAUACAACACACCACCCAGGACUUUGGAGGUCUCAGCGUACUCACAUUCUCGAUCGGAGGAAUCCCACCAGGACCAGCCCAGCAGAAAACCGCAGCAGGCUUUGAUGGAUGCCUGUCCUAUGUGAAGUAUAAUGGUGAGACCCUGCCUUUUACUGGAGAGCACAGCCUGGUGAGCCUGACCAAGACCAGCUCUUCUGUGAAGAUUGGCUGUAGAGGUCCCAACCUGUGUGAGAGCAGUCCAUGCUGGGACGGCCUGAUGUGUGUAAACCAGUGGUACACAUAUCAAUGUGUCCCGCCUGGUGACUGUGCCUCCAACCCCUGCCAGAACCACGGGAGCUGUGUGCCUGACCCCAGGGCAGGCUUCUCCUGCAUCUGCUCGGAGUUCUACACAGGCCAGACCUGUGAGACCCUUGUGGCCUGUCUCGGGGUCCAGUGCCCACAAGGAACUGUCUGCAAAACAGCCAACAAUGGAGGCUUUGUGUGCAGCCCCAGCCCUACCACAGAGGCCAUGGUCCUGCCCAUUUGGGCAGUGCCAGCCAUCGUUGGCAGCUGUGCCACUGUCCUGGCCUUAGUAGUGCUCAGUCUCAUUCUGUGCAACCACUGCAAGGACCGCAACAAGACCAAAGUGCCAAAAGAGCCCAAGGACAAGAAACCCAAGGAAAAGAAGAAAAAGAAGAAAAAGAAGGGCAGUGAGAACGUGGCCUUUGAUGAUCCAGACAACAUCCCACCAUAUGGAGAUGACAUGACGGUACGAAAACAGCCUGAGGGCAACCCCAAGCCCGACAUCAUCGAGAGGGAGAAUCCUUACCUGAUCUAUGAUGAAACAGACAUUCCUCAGAACAAUGAGACCAUCCCCAGUGCCCCCUGUGCCCCCUGCAAUGGCCCUGAACCAGACAUUGAACACUAUGACAUAGACAACGCAAGCAGCAUCGCCCCAUCAGAUGCUGACAUUAUCCAGCACUACAAACAAUUCCGCAGCCACACACCUAAGUUCUCCAUCCAGAGACACAGUCCCCUGGGCUUUGCUCGGCAGUCCCCUCUGCCUUUGGGAGCCACAAGCUACACCUACCAGCCCCAGUACACCCAGGCUCUCCGGUCCACUCCUCUGAGCCACUCCCACUCUGCCUGCCCCACGCCCAACCCUCUAUCGAGGCACUCUCCAGCCCCUUUCACCAAGCCCACCUCCUUUUACCGCAACACUCCCACCAGAGAACUCAACCUGUGCAGGCGAGAAGGCAGCCCUCUAGACCUGCACAACGAUCCCCCUCCUCCCAUGUUCAACUAUGCCACAAGGCUGGGCCGCCGCAGUAAGAGCCCGCAGACCAUGGCUGGGCAUGGACACGCGUCCCGCCCGGGUAGUAGGCUCAAGCAGCCAAUCGAGCAAAUCCCUCUUGAGACAGGACCUCCUGUGGGCCUGUCCAUUGAGGAGGUAGAGCGCCUCAACACUCCGCGGCCGCGUAACCCCAGCAUCUGUAGUGCUGACCACGGCCGCUCCAGCUCUGAGGACGACUGCCGCAGGCCUCUGUCCAGGGUGCGUAACCCCGCAGAUGGGAUCCCUGCACCAGAGUCUUCCUCAGAGAGUGACUCACAUGACUCCUUCACCUGCUCCGAGAUGGAGUACGACCGGGAGAAGCCUGUGUCCUACAGCUCCCGAGUCCCCAAGCUCUCACAAGUCAAUGAGUCCGACGCUGAUGAUGAAGAGUAUGGCGGCAGACUCAAGCAGCGGCGCUAUUCCAGCCGCAGAGCAGAGGGAGGGCCAGGCAUUCCCCAUGUGCCCACGGAGCAGCACCACACCCUGCCACACAAACUGGGGCAACAGGCCGGGGGCUUCAACUGGGACAAUCUCCUACACUGGGGCCCUGGCUUUGGACAUUAUGCUGACGUGUUCAAGGACUUAGCUCUGCUUCCUGAAAACGCAGCAGCAAAAGACAUUGAAAUGAACAGUGGGGAUGGCUCAGUCACCAUCCUAAAUGAAGGAGAGGCUGAGCAAUAUGUAUGAGACUAUUUAUUAAGGAGCUGUAGAAUAUGGUGAUGUUCUCAUUUCAAGAGACUGUAUAUUUCUUGAGAACAUUGGACUAUUUUUUACGUGACUCAAAGUAGACGACUUUUAAUGCAGUAAGGCAGACAACAGCACAUUUCCCAUGGUUUGUCAAUAAUCUCCUUGGAACAGUUUACCAGUCUGCUGUAGUUGUUGUUCACUCUACAAUUGUGCAUUCAUCCACGAGGCCUAUUUACAGAGAAUCCCACAGUGAAAGUGAACCACGUCUGAAUUCAAUUUAGUGCAAAGCUCUUUCCAUGCUAUCUAAAUGAAAUAUAUCUGUGUUGUAUUAUCGGUAAUGCCUCUAUCAAAUUCACAGCUGGGAGUUAUAAUGGCAGAUAAAAGUG